CGCGCGUAAGGUGAGUGAACGGCAAAACAAAAUGGCUGCAGGCAUCGGACUCGGCUCCGUGUCGACUCACCGAGUCGCCGCCCUCUCUCCUCCCCCUCAUCUCACUACUACACGCUGCGGUUACCGAACUCGCUCCGAUUCCCUCCGCCUCAGAGUCUCCGCUUCCGCCGAUUCACCGUCUUCUUCAGGGGAGGUGAUCGAGAACGUAGUGAUCAUAGGCUCGGGUCCAGCGGGAUACACGGCGGCUAUAUACGCGGCGAGAGCGAAUUUGAAGCCGGUGGUGUUCGAAGGGUAUCAGAUGGGAGGAGUGCCAGGUGGACAGUUGAUGACGACUACGGAGGUUGAGAAUUUUCCGGGGUUCCCUGACGGGAUUACUGGUCCUGAUUUAAUGGAGAAAAUGAGGAAGCAAGCUGAGAGGUGGGGAGCAGAGUUGUAUCCAGAAGAUGUGGAGUCUCUUAGUGUGAAGACGGCUCCCUUUACUGUGCAGAGUAGUGAACGUAAGGUCAAGUGCCAUAGUAUCAUUUAUGCCACUGGAGCUACAGCAAAGAGGCUGAGACUACCGCGAGAGGAAGAAUUUUGGAGUAGAGGGAUUAGUGCUUGUGCAAUUUGUGAUGGGGCUUCGCCUUUGUUUAAGGGGCAAGUACUCGCUGUGGUUGGAGGAGGAGAUACGGCAACUGAGGAAGCUUUGUACCUUACGAAAUAUGCACGUCAUGUUCAUUUGCUUGUUCGCAGAGAUCAGUUAAGAGCCUCCAAGGCUAUGCAAGAUCGAGUGAUCAACAAUCCAAACAUCACAGUGCAUUACAACACGGAAACGGUGGACGUAUUGAGCAACACGAAGGGACAGAUGUCUGGCCUUCUACUCAGAAGACUUGAUACCGGAGAAGAAACUGAGCUGGAGGCAAAAGGAUUGUUUUAUGGAAUAGGGCAUUCGCCAAAUAGUCAGUUACUAGAAGGCCAAGUCGAACUCGACAGCUCGGGGUACGUGUUGGUUCGCGAAGGAACAUCUAAUACAUCAGUUGAAGGUGUAUUUGCUGCAGGAGAUGUGCAGGACCAUGAAUGGAGACAAGCUGUAACUGCUGCAGGAUCAGGAUGUAUAGCCGCUUUGUCAGCCGAGAGAUACCUCACAAGUAACAAUCUUCUUGUUGAAUUUCACCAGCCUCAAACUGAAGAGACCAAGAAAGAGUUCACACAGCGGGAUGUCCAAGAAAAGUUUGACGUCACUCUUACAAAGCAUCGGGGACAGUAUGCGCUUAGAAAAUUAUACCAUGAAAGUUCAAGAGUUAUAUGUGUAUUAUACACUUCACCAACGUGUGGCCCAUGUAGGACCCUAAAGCCUAUCUUGAACAAGGUGGUAGAUGAGUAUAACAACGAUGUGCACUUUGUUGAGAUUGAUAUCGAGGAAGAUCAAGAAAUCGCUGAAGCAGCCGGAAUCAUGGGAACGCCAUGUGUGCAGUUCUUCAAGAACAAGGAAAUGAUCAGGACCAUAUCGGGUGUGAAGAUGACGAAAGAGUAUAGGGAAUUCAUCGAGGCUAAUAAAUGAGGAUCCGCAAAUAAAUUUGAUUGUUUAUGGCAGAUGUCAAAUCUAUUAUUAGCUUGUCAUUUUAACAAUUUUUUCUUGUUACAAAAAAACUUCAUUUUAGAAUUUCAAUCAACUUUCAGUUCAAAAUUGAUUAUAAAUACAUUGAUUGUAAACACUAUUGGUUCAAUAUGUGUAAUUAAUA